CUUGACUUGGUUUGGGAUGGUGGGACAAGGCUGAAACCUGCUGGAUUCCCCAGAAACGGGGAAAUAAUAUUUAGCGAGUCACCCUUUGGUUGUCACCUUCUAUUGCAGCAUUCCUUUUCACUUUUUUCCCUUUUCAAUUGGUGCAUUGCAUUCCAACACUGUUCUGCGCUUGUUUCUGUUUAGUGUGGCCCGUCAUUGAAUAAUGUUUGAACAAUUGCGACUACACAUCACAAACGACGCCUAUGUGUUCACCCCAAUGUACGAACCCGCCCAACUGGCGGUGGCCUCUAACAAGUCUUUAGAUACGCUUACCAUUCAUCGGGAUUCGGGGGUCAUGGAGUUAAAUGCUCCGCCGCUGCAUAGUACAGUGCCACACGACCUUGUUGUGUAUGGCAUCAUGGGCUUUAUAAAUCUUCACGCUGGUGAAUACAUGAUCGUGGUAACGGAACGGCAGCGAAUAGGUUCGUUGCAAGGACAUGAUAUUUUCCAAGCGACAUCAUUCAAGAUGCUUCGAGUCCCACGGAGCACGACCGGUCUUUCCGAACAAAUGUUGCAAGAUGAGGAAAGAUACAUACACAUGGUAGAAACUCAUCUGCAGCAAAAUGCAUUUUAUUACUCUUAUACCUAUCCCAUCACAUUGUCUGUGCAACGUCAGACAAAUGCAGAUCGCACUGCCCCAUUAUGGAAACAGACGGAUGACCGGUUUUUCUGGAACCGAUACCUAUCAAACAAAAUGAUCGAAGCUACCAUGGAUUUAUCCGAUAAAGCAAACUAUGACAGUUUCAUUCUGCCAAUGAUUCAAGGAUUUGUAUCUAUUGUAACGACCAUGAUCCAUCAGCAGGCUGUGACGUUUGGUCUCAUUAGUCGUCGAUCACAUCAACGUGCGGGAACGCGAUACUUUUCACGUGGGUUAGAUUCAUCAGGGCAUGCCAGCAAUUUUGUCGAAACCGAGCAAAUCCUUUUGUGCGAUCAAAAGCAUCCCGUGGGACCUUACAAGACACAGAUGGCUUACGUGCAAACUCGCGGAUCCAUGCCGGCAUUGUGGGGUCAGACUCCAAAUAUUCGCUACACACCGCGACUUUGGCUCAAUACAGAAUUAUCCGACAACCAUGUCCUGGAGGCAUCUCGAAAUCAUUUAGCGGAGCAGAUUCGUUUAUACGGACCUCAAAUUCUGGUCAACUUGGUGAAUAAGAAAGGAUACGAGCUUUCGGUGGGACAAUUAUUCGAACAACUGGUACAGGCACUCAAUGAUCUCGACUUGUUCUAUGUUCAUUUCGAUUUCCAUCACGAGUGCUGCAACAUGCGAUGGAACAGAGUUCAACUUUUGAUUGAUCAAUUAGAACCUGAAUUACGAAAGCAAGGUUACUGCCAUUUGGAUAUGUCGCUGCCUGAGGAUCCCGUGAUUCGUCAAAUACAGUCGUCCGUUGUCCGUAGCAACUGUAUGGAUUGUUUGGAUCGCACGAAUGUGGUUCAAAGCACCCUGGCAAGAUGGGUCUUGAACCAGCAGUUACGGGAAGCUGGCAUUUUGCAGUCGACCGAUGUUAUUGAAAACGAUAUUCGCUUCAUGACUAUAUUCAGAGAAGUGUGGGCGAACAACGCGGAUGCCUUGAGUGUCGCUUACUCUGGUACAGGCGCUCUGAAGACCGACUAUACAAGAACGGGCGUCCGAACCAGAGCCGGUGCCUUGCGCGAUUUACAGAACUCUAUUAUUCGUUAUGUAAAGAACAAUUAUCUAGAUGGCUCGAGACAGGACGGCUUCGAUCUUGUUCUCGGAAAAUACAAAGUGCCCUUGGCCUCAUCCGUUGGUGGACAUCGUGAAAGUCCGUUUGCGAAACAAAAGCCCGUCUCUGUGCGUGUCGUCCCGGCUCUACUCCUGCUCUCGUUUGGCGUGUUUCUAUUUGCCCUCUUUUUCCCAAGCGGUAUCAAUAUCGCAUCCACCACGUUCUACGUCAUGUUUUUGGCGCUGUGCUUUGCCACUAUUCUAUCCACAUGCCACUUUAUGCUGGAACAUGGCACACAGUACGUUGAUUGGCCGAAACUGAUCAAUAUUGCCCCUGUGGCCGAUAUCGCCACCGCGGCUGAACCGAGCAUCACCGUAGUCACCAAACGACACCCCUUUUCACUGUCCUGGCGACAUAAGCGAGACAGCACAGGAAUGCUGGACGAAAUUGAACAAGGUCACGAACUGCCAACCUUGAAAAAAACCACCUAAGACUCGUUUGUAUUGUUAUUACUUAUACACAUGUUUCUCUAGUUCCCUCUGUAUAUAUUUUUCUUUCCUUUAUGGUUAGCCAACCUUUCCUAUAGAAGGUUAGAUCUCACAUGAUAGAUGUUUAUGCUUUUUGUCCCAAAAAAAACA